AUGGCGGAUACACGAAGAAGAGUGAAACUUUACAUGUUAAAUGAAGAUAGACAGUGGGACGACAGAGGAACAGGACAUGUUUCUUCGGCUUAUGUUGAAAGGCUUCGGGGGAUGUCGCUCCAAGUUCGGUCCGAAACUGAUGGAUCUAUACUGCUGGAAUCAAAGAUACAACAAGAUACAGCUUAUCAAAAACAGCAGGAAACAUUGAUUGUGUGGUCUGAAGCUGACAACUACGAUCUUGCUCUGAGUUUCCAGGAGAAGGCUGGUUGUGAUGAAAUAUGGGAGAAAAUCUGUCAGGUCCAAGGAAAAGACCCCAGUGUCGACAUCACCCAGGAUGUUGUAGAAGAAUCUGAAGAUGAAAGAUUUGACGACAUGCCCGAUGCUGCACCGCCAAUAGAGUUACCGCCCUGUGAAACCAGCAAACUUGAAGAGAUUGCUGAACUCUUCUCAUCAGUGCUACCCUCUCCAAUCCGGAGAGAAAAACUAGCGGUGGCAAUUGAGGCAGAGGGUUACAUUCGUAAGCUGGUAGAUUUGUUUCACAUGUGUGAAGACUUGGAGAAUAUUGAGGGACUUCAUCAUUUGUACGAAAUAUUCAAGAGUAUAUUUCUCCUCAACAAAAAUGCACUGUUUGAAAUCAUGUUUUCAGACGAUAUUAUAUUUGACAUUAUUGGUGUGCUAGAGUAUGAUCCGUCAUCGCCGACACCGACCAGACACAGGGAAUAUUUGCGUAACACUGCCAAAUUCAAAGAGGUUGUGCCUAUGACAAAUUCAGAACUAGAGACAAAAAUCCACCAGACUUACCGGGUCCAAUACAUCCAGGAUGUGAUUCUGCCUGUCCCAUCUGUAUUUGAAGAGAACAUGCUGUCCUCGCUCUCAUCCUUCAUCUUUUUUAAUAAGGUCGAAAUAGUCAGUAUGAUACAGGAUGAUGUCAAGUUCUUGACAACCCUGUUCGCUCAGCUGACUGGCGAAGAGACUGAUGACAACCAUCGAAGAGAUCUGGUUUUAUUCCUCAAAGAAUUCUGUACAUUUUCACAAACACUGCAGCAACCAAAUAGAGAAUCAUUUUAUAAGACCCUGUCAAAUCUUGGAAUAUUGACAUCUAUAGAGAUCAUACUUGGAUUGGAUGAUGAAAAGAUGAAACUUGCUGCCAUUGACAUCUUCUCAUACAUUGUUGAAUUUAGUCCGUCCAUGGUUCGAGACUUCAUUCUACAUGAGAGUAUCAGUGUAGACGAUGAGGAUCUUCUGAUUAACCUAGUCAUUGAGCAGAUGGUCAAUGACACAGAUCCAGAACUUGGCGGGGCUGUUCAGUUGAUUGGGAUUUUGAGGUUAUUGCUGGAUCCGGAAAACAUGAUGGCAACAGCAAGUAAAACGGAGAAAUCUGAAUUUCUUAGCUUCUUUUACAAGCACAGUAUGCACGUGUUAGCAGCGCCUUUAUUUGUGAACACGACAGAUAACAAACCAAGCAGGGAUGAUUACCAGACUGCACAGCUGCUGAGUCUGAUCCUGGAGCUGUUGACGUUCUGUGUGGAACACCACACAUACCACAUCAAGAAUUAUGUCAUUACCAAGGAUGUCUUGCGACGGGUGCUUGUGUUGCUCAAGUCACGGCAUUCUUUCCUUGUCCUUUGUGCCUUAAGGUUUUGUAGAAAGAUAGUUGGAUUAAAAGAAGAAUUCUACAACCGCUACAUCAUCAAAGAAAAUCUGUUCCGGCCUGUUGUGGAUGCUUUCCUGGCAAACGGGGACAGAUACAACCUCAUUAAUUCAGCCAUGAUUGAGCUCUUUGAGUUUAUUAAAGUGGAGGACAUCAAGUCAUUGAGUAUAUACAUCGUGGAAACCUUCCAGAAGGAGUUGGAGGGAGUGAAAUAUGUGAAAACUUUUGAAAUCUUGAAAGUGCGCUAUGAGCAACAGCGAGACCGAAACAGAGACAAGCACACCUUUGACAGUCAUGCAGCGUCUGUAAUGCGCAGCAGUAGGUUUCGACGGGAUGCCCGCGCCCCAGAUGAUGAGGAAGAAAUUUGGUUCAGCCAAGAUGACGACAAUGAUGAUGACAGUUCCCCACAGGUGUCUGAAAUUCUGCGGAGUAAGAUCGACUCAGAUAUUGACCACAUACAUCGUCUCUGGGAAAACAAGAAAGCUAAAGAGAACCAGUCAGAUGUUGGUGAUAGCCCACCACGAGCCCUGUCUGGCACCAAGUCAUCCAUUAACAUUAGCAUCAAAACCGGCAGCAACUCCUCCCUCUCCUCCUUACUGAGCAGCCCAGACUCGCCGGGGUCCCGGAGUGGUUCGCCUCCAGUCUCGGGCCUCGAGUCAUCAAACAGCCCCCCACACUCCUCAAGUCGAUCCUCUCUCAGUGCAAAUGGCAACAUUUCUGCGACCGGAAAAGUCAGUAAUAGUCCUUUGACGGCCGCUGGCAAUACAGCCACCAGCAAAACUGCUCAUGCUACUUCUCCUACUUCUAACGCCGCAGCAUCGCCACGAGUUGCUGGUUCUGACGGUUCACCUUCUGCUAGUGCAGUGACCACUAAAACGCCUGGUCUCAAAGGUUUAGUUGAUUACCCUGAUGAAGAUUCAGAAGAGGAAGAGGAGGAAGAAGAAGAAGAAGAUGUGAUAUCACCAUCUCCAAAACGGCCUCGAGUUGGAACGUAA